CCUUCAAGACCGAGGCAGAGGCCGAAUAGGUCACAAAGAAAGGGUAGUCGCCGGAGAUGUGCCCGACCAUGAAGAAGACGAAAAACACCGCCUCCGAGGACACCGACGGUGUCGCGAAUAAUACGGUUACAGCCGAGGCCGUGGUGGAGGAUCCCCGCUAUGACUGGCGGCGUGAGGCGAUCGAGGGAGGCUCCCUUCGUCAUGUUGACCUCCACAAGGGCGUCAAUGGAUGGGCCUCUCCUCCUGGGGAUUUCUUCCAACUUCGUGGCCCCAACUACUUCUCCCGCCACCAGAAAUGCCCUUCCGGCGAUUGGCUUCUCCGACCAGCCGGCGUCGACUGGCUCCGCUCCGUCAACCGCCUUGAUAACGUCCUCGGCCGCCAGGACAACCGCAUCGCCACCGCUCUCCGUGGUGCCCACGCCCUCGGCCUCUCCCGCAAGGCUUUCCUUGUCGCGGUUAAUCUUCAGAUCCCCGGUCGUGAAUGCCACUCCGCCGUAUUCUACUAUGCCUCCGAGGACCCGAUCCCGCCCGGAUCCCUCUUGUACCGCUUCAUCCACGGGGACGACGCGUUCAGGAACGCGCGGUUCAAGAUCGUGAACCGAAUCGUGAAGGGCCCGUGGAUCGUGAAGAGGGCCGUCGGGAAUCACGCCGCAUGCCUCCUGGGGAAGGCGCUCAGUUGCAACUAUCACCGCGGGGAGAACUAUCUCGAGAUCGAUGUCGACAUCGGCAGCUCUGCCAUUGCCAAUGCCAUUCUUCACAUCGCUCUCGGUUGCGUCACGGCGGUGACAAUCGACAUGGGCUUCCUCGUGGAAGCGCAAGAGGAGGAGGAGCUGCCGGAGAGACUUAUUGGGGCCGUUCGGGUGGCGCAAAUGGAGAUGUGCUCGGCCAGAUACGUGGAGACCAGACACAAGGCGUCAGAGGUCGGAAAGGGAGGAUUUUGGGCACCGGCAAAGGUCAACGACCUGCACCACCAACCGGAUAGGAGUUUGGAAGCGAAAUCAUCGAGGCCAAGUGAGGGAGUGGACGGUUAGGGCAUUCUUCUCUGCACUUAGUGGAAAGGUGCGAACUUAUGCUGUUCGAUAUUGAUUAGCCCUGCUAUUUAGUCAUUGUUGAUAAUAAUCUGCCACUUGUGAGAUAGGGAUGCUGGAAUACGUUUCAUGUCGCUUCCUCAUCUCUUCAUUAAUAGGGGCAAAAAAUCAAUCGAGUUGUAUGAAUUUUGCUUCAUGGAAUUUAUCUUGGUAAAUUACUGUUA